GUGAAGUCGGUGUGGUGUUUGAAAUCAACCGUCGUGUUUAUUAGUGUCGUGUUUGGUGGAAUUGAACUACGUGUACCGGUUAAAGUUUUUAUAUACGAAAAUGAAUUCCGCUACAAAAUCUAAACCAGCACGUGUCAAAGAAAAGACGCAUCAUGUGCAAGUAUUUGUGAGAGUGAGGUCGCUGGGCACGCACGACAGAAGCCGCACACCCCACGUGGUGCACUGCACUAGUAAUGAAGUGACCAUCAAGGACCGCCAGGAACUCAAAGUCAUCAAGACGUUCUGCUUCGACAGAGUCUUCGAUCAGAACUCCACUCAGCUGGAGGUGUACAACCACGUGGUGCGGCCCGCCGUCGCAGACAUCCUCAAGGGCUACAACUACACGGUGUUUGCCUACGGCCAGUCUGGCUCGGGCAAGAGCUACACCGUGGCCGGGGGGCGCAGCCUCGACCCGGACGUCUCCUGGGACCAGGACCCGCAGUGCGGCCUGGUGCCCCGUGUGUUGGUGCACCUGUUCGACGAGCUGCGCCUGCUGCAGGCUGAGUUCACGCUGCGCAUCUCGCUGCUGGAGCUGUGCAACGAGGACAUGACGGACCUGCUGUCUCGCUCCGGUGACUCCUCCAAGCUCAGGCUGUACGAGGACUGCAACAGAAAGGGGGCCGUGUUUGUACACGGCCUGGAGGAGGAGGUGCUGCACACGCGCAGGGACCUGCACAACGUGCUGCUCAAGUGCGCGGCACGGAGCUCAUCCAGCCGCUCGCACACAAUCUUCACGGCCACGGUGCACGUGAAGGAGAACUCCGUGGAGGGGGACGAGCUGGUGCGCACGGCCAAGCUGUGCCUGGUGGACCUCGCGGCCAGCGACCAGGCCGGCCCCAACAACUCCCUGCUGAACCUGGGCCGUGUCCUCACCGCGCUGGUGGAGCGUGCCCCGCACGUCCCGUACAGCGUGCCCCGCACGUCCCGUACAGGUACCAACAACUCCCUGCUGAACCUGGGCCGUGUCCUCACCGCGCUGGUGGAGCGUGCCCCGCACGUCCCGUACAGGUACCAACAACUCCCUGCUGAACCUGGGCCGUGUCCUCACCGCGCUGGUAACAACAACUCCCUGCUGAACCUGGGCCGUGUCCUCGCCGCGCUGGUGGAGCGUGCCCCGCACGCCCCGUACAGGUACCAACAACUCCCUGCUGAACCUGGGCCGUGUCCUCACCGCGCUGGUGGAGCGUGCCCCGCACGUCCCGUACAGGUACCAACAAACCAGGCCCGUCCCAACAACUCCCUGCUGAACCUGGGACGUGUCCUCACCGCGCUGGUGGAGCGUACCAACAACUCCCUGCUGAACCUGGGACGUGUCCUCACCGCGCUGGUGGAGCGUACCAACAACUCCCUGCUGAACCUGGGCCGUGUCCUCACCGCGCUGGUGGAGCGUGCCUCCCACGUCCCGUACAGGUACCAACAACUCCCUGCUGAACCUGGACCGUGUCCUCACCGCGCUGGUGGAGCGUGCCCCCCACGUCCCGUACAGGUACCAACAAACCAGGCCCGUCCCAACAACUCCCUGCUGAACCUGGGCCGUGUCCUCACCGCGCUGGUGGACCGUGCCUCCCACGUCCCGUACAGGUACCAACAACUCCCUGCUGAACCUGGGACGUGUCCUCACCGCGCUGGUGGAGCGUGCCUCCCACGUCCCGUACAGGUACCAACAAACCAGGCCAGUCCCAACAACUCCCUGCUGAACCUGGGCCGUGUCCUCACCGCGCUGGUGGACCGUGCCUCCCACGUCCCGUACAGGUACCAACAACUCCCUGCUGAACCUGGGACGUGUCCUCACCGCGCUGGUACCAACAACUCCCUGCUGAACCUGGGCCGUGUCCUCGCCGCGCUGGUGGAGCGUACCAACAACUCCCUGCUGAACCUGGACCGUGUCCUCACCGCGCUGGUGGAGCGUUCCCCCCCACGUCCCGUACAGGUACCAACAAACCAGGCCCGUCCCAACAACUCCCUGCUGAACCUGGGCCGUGUCCUCACCGCGCUGGUGGACCGUGCCUCCCACGUCCCGUACAGGUACCAACAACUCCCUGCUGAACCUGGGACGUGUCCUCACCGCGCUGGUACCAACAACUCCCUGCUGAACCUGGGCCGUGUCCUCACCGCGCUGGUGGAGCGUGCCUCCCACGUCCCGUACAGGUACCAACAACUCCCUGCUGAACCUGGACCGUGUCCUCACCGCGCUGGUGGAGCGUGCCCCCCACGUCCCGUACAGGUACCAACAAACCAGGCCCGUCCCAACAACUCCCUGCUGAACCUGGGCCGUACCAACAACUCCCUGCUGAACCUUGGCCGUGUCCUCACCGCGCUGGUGGAGCGUGCCCCGCACGUCCCGUACAGGGAGUCCAAGCUGACCCGACUGCUGCGCGACGCGCUCUGCGGCCGGUCCAGGGCUUCCAUCAUCGGCUGCAUCUCCCCCGCGGCCCCACACCUGGACGACACCAUCGGCACCUUGGAGUACGUGCACCGCGCCAGGAGCAUCACCGUCCGGCCGGAGCUCAACCCCAAGGUCACCAAGCAGUCUCUCAUUAAGAUGUAUGCUGAGGAGAUAGAGCGCCUGAAACGUGACCUUGAGGCAUGCCGCACGAGGCAGGGAGUGUACCUCGUCAAUGAAGACUACUCGCAAAUGAUUUCCGAUACAGAUAGGCUGAACCGAGAGAUUUCUGAAAAGCUGGCAUCGAUCCGGGCCUUCACUGAUCAGAUCCACGAGAAGCAGAGGCUGCUGGAGGACCUGUCGCUGCACCUGGAGGACGUGCAGGCGCAGCUGAGGGACACCCGGGGCCGGCUGCGUGCCCAGCUGGCGUGCCGCGACGAGACUCAGCUCCUGCUGGACCGCCACCGCCGCACCCGGGACUCCCUGCUGGGCCAGGCGGGCGAGCUGCUGGGGACCGUGGAGGAGACCACCGGCCACCUGCGCGCCCUGCACGCCAAGCUCCACCGCACCAGGGACAUCAGCAGCAAGAACGAGAGCCAGAUGAAGCAACUGGGCGAGCAGUUCUCCCGAGAGAUGCAGCGGAUGGCCGCGGAGGUGGGGGAGUUGGUUAGCUCGUUCUUGGCCAGCGCUGCGAGCGUGAGAGAGAGAGUGGGAGGCUUGCUGGAGGCAGACAUGCCGGUCUCUGCCUCCAUGCGCAACAAACUGCAAGCUAUGGCCUCUUCUCACGGCGAGGCUGUCAAUCACGUCCAGGCUAUCGUUCAAAAAAUGGCCACCGAUGCCAACACACUGGUGGAGAGGGCGGAGAAGACGGUGCUGGACACGGCGGAUCUCGACGCCGUGCUGCGAGACUACCAGCACGUUGUGCUGCCCUUAGUGCAGCAUGUCUGCGCACGGCUGCAGUCCUGCAGCGUGUCUGGGCUCGACGCGCUCGCGCUCCUCCAGUCCAAGAACCAGAAGGAAACCACGUGGAUGGCUGAAUCCUGGAACAGUCAAAACGAGUCUGCCCUGCGUUUGCAAAAGGAGUUUCUGGAGGAGUUCGAGAAGAGGCAUUUGGAGAAACAGAGGAUGUGGGUGUUGAUUCACGACCUGAAUGAACGCCAACGUCAGUCCAAAGCUGAGCUGCUGGCACGGACGGGCGAGAUGAGGGCGGCCCUGCACGGCUGCGCAGCGCGGGGGCAGGAGUACCACCGCGUCCUCGCGCAGGCCUCGGCUGAGCGUCGGCGCGAGGCCCAGGGCUGCGCGGAUGCCGACCGGUGCCUCUCAGACCACCUGGACCUCCAGCGGGAGUCCGACGGUCGCCUCUGGACGGACAUGAAGGCUUGCAACCGGCAGCUACUGGCCGACCUGCGGGGCGCGCUCCAGCAGGCGAGGGCGGUCACGGAGGAGGUGAGCGCGGGCCAGGCUGUGGCGCAUGGCCACGCGGCAGGGCUGGCGGGGGCCGGCACAGCAGCGUGGGCGCGCCGUGCCAAGCAGACGCGUACUAGCGUGGGCGCCGUGAGCGCAGCGCUGAGCGCCGACCUGAGGGAGGCAGAGGGCGUGUCCGGCCGGGCCUGCGAGGCCACGGCAGCCCUGGCGCGGAGCGUCGCGGCGCAGGUGGAGCAGCUGCAGGAGCAGACCCGCGCGGGCUCCCUCGGCCUGCUGCAGCAGGUGGAGUGCAGCGCCGUGCCGCUGGCUGCCUGGCCCGCCCGCGCCACCGCCGGCCUGCAGUGGGCCGCCGCGCAGGUCUCCAGCAUAGCCGAGGACCACGUCGAAUACCAGCCCUCCGGAAACACUCCGGAGCGCAAGGAGUACGAGUACCCCAAGGCCCUGGAGGCCACUUCGCCACACGACAGCAUCCUGGAACAGUUCCGAGCCACCAGGAACAACCUGCAGUCCAGCCCGGACUUCCUCGAUUCCACUUGUGAGGAAGAGCAAGUGUUGCCAAGUGAGGGGAACAAGUCUCAAGUGCUGCCAUCCACAUCCUCCCCGAAUGAUGGUGAGACUUCUUCCCAGAGUGAAACAUCGUCCACGGCGGCCGUGACUGGGAGCGAUGUUGACGUCUCUGACAUGAUGGCGGAGGACAAGGAGAAUGCUGUCUGGUCUGCAGCGCAGUGUGUGUCCAAGUUGCCUGUGAAGAUGGCCUCCGGGAACGCUGAUCCCUGCAAGAAGGUGCUGUUCCCGAGGAACUGAAACUCACUUGAGCAGAGUCAUUGUGACAACUAUACUGCCUGUCACCACUGGAGUUUCACUUCGCUACUGAGGGAGAAAUUAACAUCGCAAAAUUAUUAUUUCAUUUACCAUUUUUAUUAUUAUUGUGAUUAGGUAUUUUAGAAGCAGCAAAUUUUAAUUUUAUACUGUAAAUAUUAUUUUCACAAAAAAAAACUCUUGUUAUCGUAGGAAGCCUGUGGAUUUAGAGCAGUAUUGCAGUUUUAUUUCAACUAUCCACAACUUUACCGUAUGUGCAACCCACAUUCCAAGCAAGAAGCUUUUUUUCCUGAGUUGGAGUGUCACCUCUUCAAGAAUUGUCUUAUUGUGAUGUAUCUUCAGCUUCACGACCAUUUCCCAAUACGAGUAAAAAUUUUCAAAUGUUUGAUUUGUUUUCAUAUUUCUGUUUUUUUAUUAUUAUUCACUAUCCAUUUAUGUCACAAAUUCAAUGUCGGUGGUUAUUUAUGAUAAUUUUGUCUGUCUUCCUUUGUUACCAUAGAAAUUACAGGGUGAAAUUCCUGUUAUUUAUUAAACUAAACAUCAUUUAAACAAAACUUUUUAGAUAACUGAAUUUUGUUUUUUAUUUGUUAAAUUAAAUGAAGUUCAUAAAAAAUGUGAGGAGGGCAAAGUGGAUUGUAAAAAAUCAUAUAUAUUGUACAAUUGAUUAUAUAUUUAUCAUAUUUUAAGAUUUGAUUCUCCAAUUUUUUAUUUGAUUCCUAGGAUUUUGUAAAAUGAAGAACCACAGUUAUUUACUCAGACAAAAAUAAGUAUGUUAAUGAUUUAUGUGAUUGUAUUUUUAGGAGCAGGAAAUUGUAAUGAGCUGUGAAAUAGCAGAAAGUUCUAAUCCCUUUCACAAAAUAUAAAUAAUUUUUUUUUUUUUUCCAAAACAUCUUUAUUUGCAAAAUAGUAAUGAAAUUACUUCAUAUUUACAUAUUAAACCUCAAGUUAUUGAUCCAUGUUCGUUUUUAAUGGUUCCCACCAAAACUGAAUUUCAUUCGCACAUAGCAUGUAGAAUUUGUGCUUAAAUCAGGAACUUUAUUUAUGUUUGUUUUUCUAGUCACAGCAUUUUUUCAUGGAUUAGAAGUGGCUAUCAAUUUGUAUUCCAUUUUAUCUAUCAUUUUCACUUUUUUAAUGUCCAUACCAAAGCAUACCCAUUUUUUCUGUUGUAGUUCAUGGUCGUAGAACUUUCUUUAUUUUUUACCCCACUACUUGUGCAUGUUAGAGGUGGGCCAAGACUAGAAAUCUUUAGCCAAGUGAAGCAAGUAGUUAAGGCUUGACUCUACUCAAAAAUGAAGUUCUUUGUCCUUGAUUGGUCAAAACUCGACCAUAGAUUUUUAAAACAUUCUAGAAUAAAUCCCUGUUAAGAAGUUUCUCAAGAUACUUCGAAAUUUAGAUCUAUGAACAGGGAAAUUCUUCUACGAGCUUGCAUUGAACACUCUUAGGACUGUUUCAUUGAAGCCUUACUGUAUUUACCUGCAUAUGAGUCUCAGAUUUUAUGCUGAUUUUUUUUUAGUAUUUAAAAAAAUUUGGUUUUUUAUAGGGAUGGGUCGGUACCAGUUUUCGGUUCCUACGGUUCUCAGCAUUUUAACCGGCGCCGAGAACCGCAGCUAAAAUGUCGGUACCAGUACCGGCAGUACAGCAAAACCCUUUACGAAAAUAGUCCUUCACUACAACUUAACUGCAGCAUGAAAUGGCUCAACUCACGUCCAAUCCACAUAUAUAUUAUUUUUUUGGACUUCUGGGAAUAAUAUUCAUCUCUAACUAUAAAAUAAAUUACACGUGAAAAUAUUUAAUGUUCUCGUCACAUCUGUGAACAAAGUACGUUUUACAAUCAAAACAUAACGGUCGAAGGUGCCAUAGAUGUAUGUAGUUCAUAGAUGUGUGCAACUCUAUAACGUGCCUCAGCAGAGAUGUGAGAACAGAAAGACGCCAUGUUUGUUUCAAUUUGUUUUUAAAAAUUGCAGUUAAUUGAGUUGUUCACACGUAAGGGUGACUGGUGUAUAAAGAACAAUUAAAAGUGAAAAUUCCACAGAA